CAAGGCAGCUGCACAGUCAGCGAGUCAGUCUGUCUCUAACGCUCGUGGGGUGAAGAGGUGUGUGACUUGCCGCUGCUGGCGAGUGUGACGUGUACCGCAUAUCGUUGGAAUAAUACCGUUCCCAGUGUAUCAGCCAUCAGCGCCGGCGAGGGAGUGCCAGCCAAGGGAUGCCAAGUCCCCUAUCGCAGCGUCACUGACUUCCCAGCCAGACAACCGGGCCAGCUGUGCAAGCGAAAUGUGAUACUUGUCCGUGAAAUGUGAAUCUGUUCAGCGGUUCCUUCUGGCCAACAACGUUUCUAGUGUGUGCGGUCCCGCCCGACGCUCGCCGACCCUCAACGUUUAUGGUCUCCUGUCAAACACACCAUGUGCUAAGGCCUGUUUUCCGGAGACUGUGUGUUUGAGUUUUAGAGGGAAUAAAGCUUUAAGUUCGAAGGACGUCUUAAGAAGGUCAAAGGACAUUAUUAGAAAAAAAGGAGCGAGGAACGAUAAGGAAAUAGAUAGAAUAUAGAUAAAAAGAGAGAAAAUACUGUUAUUUGGUAUUAAGUGUUUCUUACCAUGUAAACAUCGACGGAGGGCACGCUAUCAAGAGACCGUGAAAGAAUCCUAAAGGAGUCCCACACGCAUCAAGUAAUCCCAGGUUCGGUCGCGCCAUCCUCCUCGCCUCCAGGAUGGGUGACGGCAGCAGCUCCCGGCCCCUCAAGAUCACCGUGGUGGGUGACGGCACCGUAGGCAAGACCUGCCUCCUCAUCUCCUACACGUCGGGGGAGUUCCCUGUGGAAUAUGUGCCAACAGUGUUCGACAACUAUGCAGGUUCUCACACAGUAGAAGGGCGAUCGUAUGCUAUGACGUUGUGGGACACGGCAGGACAGGAAGAGUAUGAGAGAUUGCGUCCUCUCUCUUAUCCCGGGACACAUGUGUUCAUAGUGUGCUUUGCGCUUGACAAUCGUGCCAGUUUUGAGAAUGUAUCAUCGAAGUGGCUGCCAGAGUUAAAGCAACAUUGCCCAAAAGCACCUGUGGUCCUUGUUGGUACCAAAAAGGAUGUGAGGAACCUGAAUGUGCUGAGUCCAAGAGAUGGGAAGAAGCUUUGCAAGAAAUGCAGCCUCUCCAAAUAUGUAGAGUGCUCUGCAAAGACACAGGAAGGAGUGCAAGAUGUCUUCACAUAUGCAACAAUGGCUGCUGUAGGUUUAACACCAAGGCAACGGCCCUGUGUUAUUAUGUAGUAUCAGUUCUAUAAUUAUUGUUAAAAAACUGUUGCCAACUCAGAGUAGGGUAGGCAAAUAAUGUAUCUGACAUGUUUUUGUAGACGAUAUUUUUCAGAACUCAUGUGAAUAUCGUUUGUUAAUUAUAACAAUACUCAGUUGAGGUUUUUCUUUCUGAUAUAUUGGAGUUCAAUAUUCACACACAAAAAAAGCAUGAACGAAAUUAUGUAUAUUUUCAGGUGACAAAAUGUUGAAUAUUUUGUAAAAAAUGGAUGUACAAAAGACAGAUAGAAAAGAAAGUUUAUGGGGUUAUUGCCAUUUGUAUAUUUACUUGUUUUUAGCAAAUGUAUAAAACAAUUUGAUAUAAUAGAAAAUAUCUUUUUAAUUAUUCACUGCAUUAUGAUUCAGUUCCAAAAGGUUUUUGUUUGUUUGUUAAUGAAAUUUAAUGUUCUGUGAGAAGUUAAUUAUCAUUAGGUUAGUCUGGAGGUAAAUAAACCUUAGUUAUGUAUGAUAAGAACUUGGUUAAAAAUGUUUGCAGUUGUUAUAAAUGGAAAUACAGAAAUGCAUAAAUUGCUUUUUUAUUGGUCACAGCAUUUUUUACAAACAAUUGUUGUUUUUUUAUCAUAAUAAAAUUGUAGAAGGGUUUCACUGGUUCUUCAUAGGUUACUUUCUAUGUUUACUGUCAUAUGGAUUAAAGACUAAUGUAUUCAUGCUUUGAUAACCUCAGAAGUUACCAAGACUAAUUAUAUGUCUUCUAUAUGGAUUUUCUGUUGUUUAUACUUAGAUAAUGGAAAAUAAAGAAUUAAAAAGUAUACAUAUGCAUCUUAGAUGUGUGUCAGAGCAACAUCAGUUCAGCAACUUUGGAGAAAUGGCUAGGUAAAGUAAAGGUGGCCAAAUGUUCUUUUAGAACUGAAUUAUUUAUUCGUUUUAGAAACAUAGAAAAUCUAAGUGGUAGUAGUUACUUUUUCUUUUCAUGCCAGAGUAGACAGAAGUAGGACUUGGAAGAUAUGCAGUGCAUAUACAGUUUUUUAGUGGUAGCAAAGGGGACCAAAUGUAUAUGAUAUGAUAAACAAUGUAAAUUUUGUUUUGCAUUUGAAAAGACAAGCUAUAUAUUUAUUAUCUAUUAGAUGUAAGAAAAAUAGUCACAUGAUUGGUAUGUUUCCAUACUUAAUACAAUUAUAAAAAUACCAAAAAACAGAAUUUUGCUUUACUGAGACUAAAGCAUAUGCAUACUUUUAGCUAGUGGCCUUGAUUCAGGUAAUGCCCUUAGAGCAUUAUAAAAUACCCAUUUCAUUAACACUGCACCUGGAGAGUAGAUUAGUGUAGCUUUGGCAUUACUUUUUGAAGAGAUUAGAAUAUAUAUUAUAUAUAAAGAAAAAAAAGAAUAUCACUGAUGUAAAUUUUACCAAUUAAUUUAGGUAUUUAGAUAUAACAGGUCAUACUAUUUCAGUUACCAAGGGCAUGCUAAUGGAAAAAUUCUAAAUUCUUAAGUAUGUACUUCCACUGAUGUGAUAAAUAUGUUAUGCAGUUAAAGAAAAAAGUCAGGCUAUUAUUGCUUUCUUGGAAUAGAAAUGCAUUUUGUAACACACAAACAGGUCAUUGAAAUGCUUUUGUUGGUCUCUUGGAUAAACAAAUACUAUUCAUCAGGACAGUGGAAACACAAUAGUGCCUUAUCACAAUUUAUAUAUUAAUUUGCAUUUUAAUUCAGUAGCCUAGUUCUCUUCCAUUUAGUCAGCUCUAAUAUAUAUAAUUGUUAUAUAGAUGCAACUGCUAAAAUUUGGUUGAGUAAUUGAUGAAAAGUUGUUCAUAAAUGUGGCUCUCUCCAACCAGUUCAAAUAAUUGGAGUUAACAGAUAGUGUUUUGAUUAACAAGAAGUUUGUUGAUAAAGUAAGCUUAUGAUAAGAUUAUACAAGUUUGCUUCUCAGAAAUGCAAACAGCAGUGUGUUGUAUAAAAGAUAAUGAUUUAUAGAUAAAAUACUUAGCAACUGAAAUAGGCUAAUAGUUUAUUAUAUAUCUAUUAAUCUAUUUCAUCAACUUUGAAUCUGAAAAUAAAUACAUAGAUAAAUAAUGAAUAGAAAAAAAACAAAUAAAUCAAUCAAGAAAUAUAUAAAUGAAUAGAUAACCAUACCCACAGGUUCACAUACACACAUAUUUAUACAUUAUAUGAUGGAAAAGCUAAAUUAAACAGUCCAGUGGGAAGACAAGAUGGCAGUUUUAAAUUGAAACUAGAUAUCUUUGUCAAGUUUGGAAGAAUACUACCUCUUCCUCCUCAAAUAACAAUGUAAAAUCAAAUCUGAUAUGAUAUUGUCAUCUGAACUUUCAAAUAAAACUGUUUGAUUAUUAUAUUUUCAUUAUUAUUUCUGCUGUUGGGGUUACUGUAUGUGUCUGUAUGAGGAUUUAUCAAGUCCUUUGAUACUUAUAUAAGUAUUUUUUGUUCAGUGUUCAUUGUUCUGUGAGGUGUGUACCACUGCAAAGCUAACUUGAUAUGUAUUAAAGACUGGGUCCUUGUUUUUUUUUAUUAAUCCAUCAUAAAUAUGGUUUCAUUUCUUCGGUCACAGUAGAGCACUUUGUCAUUAACAAAUGUUUAAGAUAUAGUCUUUGAAAUUUUAUUUUAUACUCUAACCUAAAGUCAUGAUCCAAUAGUGGAGUUCACUGUGCACAGAAAUAUAUUUCUGUCAACAAAGACCAAAUUUUAACCUCAUAGUAGUUAUACAGGAGGAGGAUUGUUAUGCAUCCUUAAAGAAAUAGAAGCUAUAGUGGAUCUGACUGACUUUGGAUAUUUUUAUUGUGACAUACAGUUUUAAGAAAAAUUGAUUUUUACAUCCAUUAUUUUUGUCAUUCUGUUAAGAACAUGAAAAAAAAUGUAAGGCUGUAUAUUGAAAUGAAGAAUAUAUGACCCAGUCUUUGAAACUGUCAAACCUUGUAAAUCAGGAAAUCAUGUGAUAUAUAUUCAUGAGAUAAGAUUUUUCAUGCGAAUAAGCAAAAUAGACAGGGGAUACAUUAAAAGAUGAAGGAUAAAAAAAACACUUAGCCCACAAAAUUGUUUCAUGGAUGUUCAUCACCCCAGCACAAAUGUAAUUACUUAAAUUUUCAAGUGCUACUAAUAGCACAAGACCUUGAGAAGUGUUUAUAGUGCACUUAUUUGAAAUUUAGUAUUUCUAUAUAUACUGAAAUACUUCAUGUUUCAUGUUGCCAUUCUUCAAUUUUUAUUUGUCUACUUUGUUUUGUUGGUUUUGCUGCUGAGACACUUCCGCUUCAUCUUUGGGAAGAGUUAUUUCUUUAGAUCUUUAGUUUCAGUUCCAGAGCCAUGUUUGGAAGAAAAAGCUUGAAACUUAUCUUUUGUUUUGAGAGAAUUUGAUGUCAUAGUAUUAUAGACAUGUAUGUGUGUGUGUGUGUGUGUAUAUUUCAUAUACAUAUAAGUGUACACACAUUUGUAUACUAUUUCAAGUUGAAUAGUCUUUGACUGUGGCCACUGUGCUUCUGUAAAUAAACAUGUUGAAUUUUUUUGCUUUCAGAAA